CCUGACGUGACGCGGACUCGUAGUAGCAACACUUGACUUCUGCGCGGAGGUGUGACCUUCCAGACCAUGAACCCGAGCGCCUCCAUCACGUCGUUGUUCUCCUUCACCAGCCCCGCCGUCAAGCGCCUGCUGGGCUGGAAGCAGGGCGACGAGGAGGAGAAGUGGGCGGAGAAGGCGGUGGACUCGCUGGUGAAGAAGCUGAAGAAGAAGAAGGGCGCCAUGGAGGAGCUGGAGAGAGCCCUCAGCUGCCCGGGACAGCCCAGCAAGUGCGUGACCAUCCCCCGCUCGCUGGACGGCAGGCUGCAGGUGUCGCACCGCAAAGGUCUCCCCCACGUCAUCUACUGCCGGGUGUGGCGCUGGCCGGACCUGCAGUCACACCACGAGCUCAAGGCCCUGGACUGCUGCGAGUUCCCUUUCGGCUCCAAGCAGAAGGACAUCUGUGUCAACCCCUACCACUACCGCCGUGUGGAGACCCCAGUUCUGCCUCCCGUCCUGGUCCCGCGCCACAGCGAGUUCAACCCCCAGCACAGUCUCCUGGCCAAGUUCCGCAAUGCCUCCCUGCACAACGAGCCCUUGAUGCCGCAGAACGCCACCUACCCAGAGUCCUUCCCGCCGCCGCCCUUCUCCUCGUCCUCGUCUCCGUCCUCGCAGAGCUACCCCGACUCCCCCGCCAGCUCCGCCGAGCCCGGCAGUCCCUACCACAUCGCAGCAGAGACUCCGCCUCCUCCGUACAGCAUGAUGGAGACCAGCCCCCAGGAGGACGUGAAGCCCGCCCACGCCACAGAGACCACCAAACUCACCUUCUCCGCCCCGCACAGAGAUUUGCGGCCGGUGUGCUACGAGGAGCCCGAGUACUGGUGCUCCAUCGCGUACUACGAGCUCAACAACCGGGUGGGGGAGACCUUCCACGCCUCGUCCCGCAGCAUGCUGGUGGACGGCUUCACAGACCCGUCCAACAACAAGAACCGCUUCUGCCUGGGCCUGCUGUCCAACGUCAACCGCAACUCCACCAUCGAGCACACGCGCCGCCACAUCGGCAAAGGCCUGCACCUGUACUACGUGGGCGGGGAGGUGUACGCCGAGUGCCUGAGUGACAGCAGCAUCUUCGUGCAGAGUCGCAACUGCAACUUCCAGCACGGCUUCCACGCCACCACCGUCUGCAAGAUCCCCAGCGGCUGCAGCCUGAAGAUCUUCAACAACCAGCUCUUCGCCCAGCUGCUGGCCCAGUCCGUCAACCACGGCUUCGAGGUGGUCUACGAACUCACCAAGAUGUGCACCAUCCGCAUGAGCUUCGUCAAGGGUUGGGGGGCAGAGUACCACCGGCAGGACGUGACCAGCACCCCCUGCUGGAUCGAGGUGCACCUGCACGGGCCCCUGCAGUGGCUGGACAAGGUCCUGACCCAGAUGGGCUCGCCGCACAACCCCAUUUCCUCCGUGUCCUAGCACGGUCUCUACUACGUUCCAAAACCUCUUGUUUACUGUGAGACUCAAUCUCAUUUAGCUGGUGGUCAUGGCACUUUGUGUGUGAUAAUAUUAUUAUUCUAUUUAAACUUACUGACCAAUGUUUGGAUGAUGUGUUGUUUAUUCUCUAUUAAAGUUUCCUCAAAUGA